AAUAGUAUAUAUAUAUAUAAUAUCAAGAAGGAUUGAGGCUUCAUUAAUUAUUAGCCACAUAUAUACUCCAUUAACUAAGAACACGAUAUGAAGAAGAAGGGUAAUCCAAUUAGCUUUGUUUACUUUGUGAUAUGCAUGGUUACUUGUUGGUGUCUAAAUGAUGGAAUAUUGGCACAAAGAAAUGAGACAGUGGUAGUGAAAGUUGGAGCUGUACUUGAUAUUAGCAACGGUCCUAAUGCUGCUGGGAUAAUAGGAUUGAGCUGCAUCAACAUGGCUCUCUCAGAUUUCUAUCACUCUCAUUCUCAUUACAAAACUAGAAUCCAAAUCAUCCUUAGAGAUUCUCACAAGGACGUGGUCACUGCUGCUGCACACGCUUUGGAUCUCAUAAAAAAUGAGGAAGUGCAAGCCAUAAUGGGACCAUCAACAACAAUGGAAGCAAUUUUUGUGAUUCAACUAGGAGACAAAGCACAAAUACCCAUUGUAACCUUUUCAGCAACAAGUCCUUCACUAGCAUCACUUCAAAGUCCAUAUUUUUUUCAAAUAUCACAAAUUGAUUCAGCUCAAGUUAAAGCAAUCACAUCAAUUGUACUAGCUUUUGGUUGGAAACAAGUUGUCCCAAUUUACAUAGACAAUAGUUUUGGUGAAGGACUCAUACCUUAUUUAACCAAUGUUCUUCAACAAGCCAAUAUCAAAGUACCUUAUCUAAGUGCAAUUUCUCUUUCAGCCACAGAUGAUGCUAUCACUCAAGAGCUUUAUAAAAUAAUGACUAUUAUAUCCACUAGAGUAUUUGUUGUGCACAUGUCAACAAAUCUCGGGUCUAAACUUUUUACCUUAGCAAAAAAAAUAGGGAUGAUGAGUCAAGGUUAUGUUUGGAUAGUAACUGAUAGUAUGGCUAAUUUAUUCAAUUCAUUUGAUUUUAAUGUGAAGGAAUCAAUGGAAGGUGUAUUGGGUGUUAGGACUUAUAUUCCAAAAACAAAAAAGCUAGAUGAUUUUAGAGUUAGAUGGAAAAGAAAAUUCAUUAGUGACAAUCCAACACUUGUUGACACAAAUUUGAACAUUUUUGGAAUAUGGGCUUAUGAUGCUACAAUUGCAUUAGCAAUGGCUAUUGAGAAAGUUGGAAUUGGAAACACCAAAUUUGGUUACAAUGAGAGCAACACAUCAAGCAAUUACAACAUACCUGAUUUUGAAAAGUUUGGUAUUGCACAAAAUGGUGACAAAUUGAGUGAAGCCUUGUCAAACACUAGCUUUAAUGGUCUUAGUGGUGAUUUCAAUGUUAUUGGUGGAAAGUUACAAGCAUCAACAUUUGAGAUAAUUAAUAUGAUUGGUGAUGGGGAGAAGAGGGUUGGAUUUUGGACACCAGAUAAAGGGUUGACUAGAAAUUUGGACUCAAAAGGCAACAUGAGCAAUAAUAGCAGAUAUUCUAGUUCUAAAGAUGAUCUUGGAUCAAUCAUAUGGCCAGGGGAUGUGUACUCUAUUCCAAAGGGAUGGGAAAUUCCUACUAUUGGGAAGAAGUUGAAGAUAGGUGUUCCAAUUAAAAGUGGAGAUAAUAACUACACUGAGUUCUUGAAAGUAACAUAUGAUCAUAGUACCGAUACAACAAAAGCCACUGGUUUCUGCAUUGAUGUCUUCACAGCUGUGGUGGAUAUUUUGCCUUAUGACUUGCCAUAUGAAUUUGUUCGAUAUGCAAAGCCUGAUGGUGAUGAGAUGGCAGGAACAUAUGAUGAGUUGAUCAAUCAACUUUAUUAUGGGAACUUUGACGCGGUAGUGGGGGAUAUUACAAUCACUGCAGAUAGAUCCAACAAAGUUGAUUUCACAAUGCCAUACACAGAAUCUGGUGUGACAAUGGUUGUUUCAAUGAAAGACAGCAGGAAGAAAAAUGCAUGGGCUUUUUUGAAGCCACUGACAUGGGAUCUUUGGGUAGUAUCAGCUUGUUCAUUUGUAUUCAUUGGAUUUGUUGUAUGGGUUCUUGAACAUCGAGUAAACAACGACUUCAGAGGACCACCCUCUCAUCAGAUUGGCACAAGCUUAUGGUUUUCCUUCUCAACUAUGGUCUAUGCUCAUAGAGAGAAAGUGGUGAGCAACUUGGCUAGAUUUGUUGUGGUUGUAUGGGUUUUUGUGGUUUUAAUUCUGGUUCAAAGUUACACUGCAAGCUUGACUUCACUUUUAACAGUUGAACAACUAAGGCCAGCUAUUACAGAUGUUGACCAACUUCUAAAGAAUAAGAUGAAUGUUGGCUAUCUCAAAGGUUCUUUUGUUUAUGGAAUUUUGAAGAACUUGGGUUUUCCAGAUUCUCAGAUUAUUACUUAUCAAUCACCUGAAGAAUGUAAUGAGCUUUUCAUAAAAGGAAGUGUAAAUGGUGGCAUUGAUGCUGCUUUUGAUGAAGUUCCCUAUGUUAAGCACUUUCUUGGAACUUAUAGUUGUUCAAAGUAUGUCAUGGUUGAACCAAGAUUUAAAGCUGGUGGUUUUGGAUAUGCUUUUCCAAAAGGCUCACCUCUUGUGGCUGAUAUUUCAAGGGCAAUCCUAAAUGUGACUCAAGGAGACAAAAUGAGAACAAUUGAGAAGGCAUGGUUCAAGGAAGCUAUUUGUCUAGAUUCUAAUAAAGAAAUUUCCUCUAAUAACAAUCUUGGACUUGAAAGCUUUUGGGGACUAUUUCUCAUUGCAGGGAUUGCUUCCCUAUUAGCACUCCUAAUCUUUGUGGUAACAUUUCUAUAUCAGCACAAACAUAUAUGGUUAAACAAUGAUCCAAAUACUUCAAUAUGGCAACGAGUUUGCAUCUUGGUAAGAAUAUUUGAUCAAAGAGACUCGAACUGUCACACAUUCAAGAAAAGUGAAAAUAAAAUUAAAAGCGGUAAUAGUCGUCAUCAUCAUGAUGAAGAUGAUUUAGGCCCAUCUCUAGGUACACAUUGUCCUCCUAGUCCAUCUAGUCAAACUGAAUCAAAUGUUUCGGUUUAUGGCGACUUUAGUCCAAACAGAGAAAUGGAUGUUGUACAAAUUACUAACCAAGAAGUUUCUUCUGUGCAUUGCAAUGAAAUUAACUUACAAGCAACAUGACCUCAUCUACAAUUGUAACAUGCAAGCUCCUAGUUAUUGUAUUGAUUCAAGAUUAGUUUUAUGUCCCAAUUGCGAAAGCUCAUAAAUAAAUAUAUAGAAUUUCGCCAUAGUCUUCCGCUUUCCCUUUUCUGAUCGUUUCUGCUUCUCCCUUCUUCUCCCAUGUUCGUUUCUUCACCUCGCCCCAUUCGUACAAAUCUCCUAUUUGCAUUCUUCUAUGUCAUUAAAAUCAGUAUACUUGAUCGUUCGAGCUAGCUUUUGGGAUGAGAUCCAACCCCAUAUAACAUGGUAUUAGAACCCCAUAUAACAUGGUAUUAGAGCCGAGAUAAAGAUAGCAAUGUGAGAAUUGGACUCAGGCUCACAUUAGGCAUGGGGUGUGUGGUGAAGUUGUUUGAAGUUACGCAUUGUUUAGGUUUCCGGACUGUUGAGUGUAUAAAUGUGUUUGAGUAUCCUCAUCCUUCGAGCUAGUUACUGAUAUGAGAUCCAAGCCCAUUCGCACAAAUCUCCUAUUUGCAUUAUUCUAUGUCAUCAAAAUCAAUUGAGCAUGUGAAGACGAAGGAAAAAUUGCUCGUGUGGAAUCAAAAGGUUUAAUGGUUUGUGUUCUUUUCAUGUAAGGUUUAAUGUUUGUUUCUGGUUUGAUAAAACAAUAUUUGGGUAUGAAUGUCUAUGCUUUACUGGGCUUGAUUGCUUGCAUUUCAAUUUUGCAGUUCUAUUCUACAGUUUCUAGGUUUGCUUGCAUUUUCCAUUUCACAUUUCCAUGUGUAAUGACUCAUUUCUGGUGUGAUUUGGGCAGUUUAUAAGGCAGAAAAUGAUGCAAAUAUGCAACUAUAUAUUUUUAUUUGUUUGACGAAGAAAUGAGUAAUCAAACCAAAGCGGUCGAGCCUGUUUCCUAAGAGGUCACUUGGUUGAGGAUUUGUUCUUCAACUUAGAGGUACUCAGUUCGAUACCCGGCACCAAGAAAAACCAAAGUGGUCGAUGAGUUAAAGAAUCGGGAAAAUGAGACACAAAAUAAUUGAGGAUGGGCUGAAGUUGAAGAUUAAAUUCAUGGAAUCUUUCCUUGUUUUAUCUUAGGUGUUUGAAAUCUUCUUGACUAGAAAUUUCACCGUGAAAUAAGUAGAGUGUUCGGGAUUCGAACUCCAGCUUUGUAUAUAUAAUACGAUAUUCCUAACAAUUGAGCUAAGUUCACGGGGAUCGUAUAAAACUACGUAUUUUAUAUCAUCAAUGUAGAUAUCUAUUAAAAUCAAAUAAAAAUAGAGUCAUAUGUUGAAAAUUUUGUAUUAAACAACCGGAUGAAAACAAGUAAACAACCAUGACAUAGUUAAGAAAUUUCUAUGCAGCUGAUAUGCAUUAUGGUUGAAUGUUGAUUAUAUUCACAUUUGUCACUCAGUAAUUAAAUAUUUGUCUGUGCGUUAAUUGAAUUUGA